AGCACCCUGGCAGCCGAAGAGCACCCGCAGCAUGCAGCCCUGCCGGACAGCGCUGCUGGUGCUGGGGGUGGCCGUGGCCGUGGCCGUGGCCGUGGCCCUGCCCGCGCCCCUGGCCCCAGCCCCAGCCCCAGCCCCAAGCAGCUACCAGGAGGCUCUGGCCGCGGCCGUCAACACCUACAACCAGGAGUCGGGCCUGCCCCAGGCCUACCGCCUGCUGGAAGCUGAGCCCCAGCCCCAAUGGGACCUGGCCUCCCAGCCUGUGCAGCCGCUGAAGUUUUCCAUCAAGGAGACGGAGUGCCUGCUGUCGGAGAAACGCGACAUCGGCCAGUGUCCGUUCAAGGACAAGGGGCUGGUCAAAGACUGCACCGGGAUCUACUCCGUGGAGAAGAAGCCCCCCAUCGUCACGGCCAAGUGCGAGGACGCGGGUCAGGGGGUCAAACCGAGAAUGAGACUAUGGGUACCCCCCAUGCCAUGGCAUUGGCCUUUCAACAGGGUCAGGCUGGGGUAGGGGGAGAGGCCGGGCAUCCCCCACCAGCUUCUGCCGCUCGCGCUUCGCUGCCGCCUGCUCCUCCCUGCUGCUUCGUGGCUUGUAGACGACCCCGCUGCCACAAGGACGUCGAAACGGCCCCGUGGACCACGCUGGGCUGGGGUCACAUCCUGUCUCCACCAGUGCUCAGCACCACUUCUUCUCCCAGAAAGCAGAAGGGGGAGAAGGAGCAAACGUGGCCUCGUUUCCCACCUCCUCCACUUCCUGGCACCUGGCUGCGCCCGUUCCUACCCCAGGGCUUGGUGCAGCGCCGGGUGGUUUGCGGGGAGCUCGGCCAAGGGCUGGUGGAUGCAGUUGCUUAGAGGGAAACUGGCCCCUAUGGCCCCUGGCCAGCAGCACAGGGUGCCGUGCCCGGGCACAGACCGGGAAGACAUGGUGCAUGGCACUGUGCACGUGUUGUGUCCUUGUCUCUGCAGUCCCCGGGGCACAGACACCCCUGCCUGAAUAAAGCAUGAGAAGCACCA